AUGUCUGUGAAGCCCAUUGAUAGUUUCAUAUCGCAGAGUGUCGGACUGUUUGAAGCUAAUCCAUCGCAGACGACAUUCGCUAUAAGCUACAAGAAUCGAUUGCCUGCACAAUUGCCACAAGUUAGUUUCAAGACUCAUAAUCCACAUUUAAACUGUCAUUACAAAUUCCAAACUUGCAAGAGUAAAGAUGUCUCCAGAUUGUUGAGUGCAUUGGGUCCUAGAGGUGUUACAGUAACACUUGGUAAAGUGGAAAGGACUAAGAAACUGAAAAAACUACCCAAGAGACAUAGAAAGCAGUCAAGAGUUAAAGAUGUCGUCGGGUUGAGUAGUCUAAUGGUUAAUACUGAUGUGAAGGAAUACGUACCUCCUGCUGUGCAAGAGACUAGCGGUGCUUCUGCGAAACCUGACGCUAAGAAGAAGAAAUCUAAGAGCAAGAACAAGAAGAAGCGUUAG